GAUAGCCACACAGGUGCAUGUCAGCUGAUCAGGGAACAAUUUUACAUUGCAUGCAUACAGUGGUCUGCACUGUUUACAUUUUCAAUACUCCGCUCUCAAUGGACCAGAAUCACUGGAGCUGGACUCUGAAGAAAAUCCUCAUUUCUCCAAGCUUUCUUAUAAAGAGAUUAUGAUUGCCUUGGUGCAUCACUAAAGAUCUCAUUCUUUGCUAUUUGGGGCUGAAACUUAUAUAUGUCAGGCUCAAAUUCACUUUAUUUUUGCAAUGUCAAGGCUGUGAUAUAUAUGCCACUUAAUGACUUAUAUGUGCUGAUUGCUUUUUUGAGAAGUGAGGUUUUGAAAAGUACUUUUUUAUAUAUUUUGGAUCUGCCCUCUGAUAUUCUUGGAUAUCACCAUCAUGACAAAUAAUGGGAAUUACUGGAACCCUGUGUACCUUUACAAGAAUGAAAAUGGAACUCACAUGCCAAGCCUUCACAAACCCCAUGCAGUGAUCGUAAUGGUUGGCUUGCCUGCCAGAGGGAAGACAUAUAUCGCCAAGAAACUUUCCAGAUACCUGAAUUGGAUUGGUAUCAAUACUAAAGUGUUCAAUGUCGGUGAGUACAGGCGAAAGGCUGUGGGAGGAAAGAGUCCUCACGACUUCUUUAGGCCAGAUAAUGAUGAAGCACAACAAGUAAGAUUGCAAUGUGCCAAAGAAGCCCUGGAAGAUAUGGCAAACUGGUUAGAGGAGGAUGGGGAAGUAGCGGUAUUUGAUGCAACCAAUACUACACGGGACAGAAGAAAGAUCAUCCUUGAUUUCUUAGGAGAGAGGCAGAUCAAGUGUUUCUUUGUGGAAUCGGUGUGUGAUGAUCCUGAGACUAUACAGUCUAAUAUCAGGGAGGUGAAACUAAACAGUCCUGACUACUACGACAUCAACAAAGAGAAAGCAAUCAAAGACUUCUUACAGAGAAUAGAACACUAUAAGGAGACAUAUCAAUCGCUCUCAGAUGACCAUGAUAGAAAUUUGUCCUAUAUCAAGAUCAUCAAUGUUGGGGAUCGUUUUCUUGUCAAUAAAGUCAGUGGUCAUAUUCAAAGCAGGGUAGUCUACUAUCUCAUGAAUAUUCACAUCAUCCCAAGAACCAUCUACCUGACAAGGCAUGGUGAGAGCAAGCACAAUCAGAAGGGUCGGAUCGGUGGCGAUGCUAACCUAUCUGAGAGGGGAUGGGCGUAUUCUAAGGCUCUAGGAGAGUACAUGUCAUCACAGAACCUUCAGGAUCUCAAGGUCUGGACCAGUCGGCUCAAGAGGACCGUCCAGACGGCAUCCAGCAUCGACGUCGCCAUUGAGCAGUGGAAGAGCUUAGAUGAACUCGAUGCUGGUGUUUGUGAUGGUCUAUCAUAUGAAGAGAUCCAGGCAAGACAUCCAGAAGAGUUUGCUUUGAGAGAUCAAGACAAGUUCCAUUAUAGGUACCCAAUGGGAGAGUCAUACCAAGAUCUUGUAGCCAGGCUAGAGCCAGUUAUCAUGGAGUUAGAGAGACAGAAGAAUGUACUAGUAAUCUGUCAUCAAGGAGUCAUGAGAUGUCUUCUAGCAUACUUCCUUGAUAAAAACUCAGAGGAACUUCCAUACCUGAAGUGUCCACUGCACACAGUCAUAAAACUCACUCCUGUGGCCUAUGGUUGUCGGGUAGAAACUGUGACGUUAAACAUCCCAGCAGUAGAUACGCACAGACCUAAACCUGAAGAAUGUAACACCAAUAGAAGCCCGAAUCAAGCACUGUCGACCGUUCCUGACAUUGAAGAUUUCACAGAAGGCCUUGGUGAAAAUGAUGUGUAUGUCAAUGCCAAGACCAGCUAUUACAACACUUGGUCAGGGCUUGCUGGAUGGCUCAGCUAGGGGACACUCUGUAUCGAAGCUUACAGCAAAUUAAAGGACAGUGCAGUAAGCUAUAGCUAAAAAAAAUUGUUCCGUUUAUCAUAAAUAUAUGAAAAAGAACCAUGUUUUAUUUAUCAGGAUCAGUUGUCACAAUCUGGAUAUUUUUUGCUCACACCUUAUGCAAACAUUAACUGAUCCUGUAACACAAGCUCAGUGAUUGACGACAGGACUGAUUUGAACAAAUGAUUGCUAUGACAGCCAUUAGCAAUCAAUCAUGUGAUUAAUCUUUGAGUUCUGUGUAAAAGGGUCCUGAUAUCAAGUCUCUUAAUUUUCAACUCUGUUUUGUGCUCGAUCUUUUCAUUGAACCAUAUACAUGUAGUUCCUGCUCAUAUAUAACUUUGUGUUGGUGGGGUUGUCUAACAUCUGAGCAACUGCAACAUGCACAUGGCAAUGGAAGUGCAGAUCAGAACAAUGCAGUAUAAAGUUUUACAAGAAAACCUCAAGAGGACAAAUACUUCAGAUGGUAUUCCCACAUUGAGCAAGAGCAUAAUCGCCCACAAACGAUAGCUCCCUGGUUUACAGAAUUCCACAGAGGGAACCUAAAAUCAAGCAACUCUUCAAAGAUAUCAUGCCAUUCACUGGGAAGGGAGUUGUCCUUGAACGAGAUUGUAGGUUAUUGUAUUGCAGCAUUUGUCUUCAUGUUCCAUGCAUCAAGUCAAGUUGGAGAUCAGAGACCUAGAUCAUACUAACAGGGCCCAGCAGCAUAUUUCAUGGUAUUUACAAUAAUGGCAGAAGUACUAUAGUUGAACAUCUUUAUGAGUUGGGCCCCAUAUCGACUAGAUUUAAACACGGUUUUUAUCAGUGCGGAAGUUAUCACACUCUUUGCAUGCAAUCAAUUUUGAUGGCACACAAGUGUAAUAAAUCAAUUUGCAUUGUCAUAUCACUAUUUCUAGUUUGCCUGGUGGGUGUUUCAUAAAGUUGUUCGUAAGUUCAGAGCGACUUAAGAACGAGUGGUGAUCCUUUCUGGUGGUAAAUGGUAUACAACAAAACGUUCAUUGGCGAUCGAUGGUUUAGCGCAUAAGAAAGGUUCACCAGUCGUUCUUCAAGUCGGUCUUAACUUACGAACAGCUUUAUGAAACAACCCUCUGGUUACAUUCAUAUAAUUCUGUGGUAAACAAAGGAAUUAUAUAAGUUUAUUGUCAUAACCUACUCAUUUGUUUUUUGCACUCCUCAAAACUGCCAAAUCUCAUUUGACUUCCUGGAAAUAAUAAUAUAAAUAUUUGGUGAUGUUCAACUGAGUCACUCAUAACUACAGCAGGAAUUAAGUUGUGCAAUUUAAAUACAUUUUUGUAUUUAAAAGUGAAUUUUAAUCAGGAUUUUCUUAGUUUGAACAGAUAUAUGAACAUAAAUGUCGUAAUUUAGGGAUAACUUUGUUAAUACAAAGAGUUAAUAAACUGCAAUAAGGUACCUUGUUGUUAAAUCUCAAUAGCUAGAGCUGGACAUGAAAAAAUGAGGGGGAGACAAACUGUUAUAUCCUACAUGUUGGAAGAGCAGUGGUGUAGUGGUUCUGACUCUCGCCUUGUAGUCAGAGGGUGGUGUGUUCAGAUCCCACCACGGCCUUUGGCAAGGCGUUAAUACACACUUUGCCACUUUGCUAAAUGGGUACUUGGUAGGAUGUGAAAGUCAUUGUUGCUUGUCCAGUACUGUGCACCCCAUGGUAACUGGCUGGAAUACUCUCCAGGGAAUGUAGGACACUAUGAAUACAUUUUGUGCAGGAAUGAAUGAUUGAAUCUAGAGACUGGGGCAAUGAUACUUUAAGCGCUUAGAUAUGUACAAUGUAUUGAGCGCAUUAAAGAUAACCAUAUUAUUUAUUAUCCUUUACAUCUGAAAUAUCAAAUAUAUGCACUUUGUUUUAGUAUUCCUGAUAUACAGAAACAUAAAAACGAAAAAAAAGAUAAAGUGAACUCACAGGAGUUGUUCCCCCAUUUUAUUUUUGUCACCAGGCAUGUAAUAUGCAUAUUGCAUUAAGGGUAUCAAAAACACCAAAAAGUAUGGAAAAUGGCCUCAAAUUCAGUGCUCCAUAUUCAGUUCAAUUAAGAAUUGAAAGAUCAGGGAAAAUGUAGGAAAUGUUGAGAUUUCUCUCAAAAGCAAGCGAAACACUAAAUCUUUGUUUAGGAUCUAAAUAUAUGAAAUAUAAAGUGGGCUUGAAACAUUGUUGGGUGCAUUUUAGAAGGCAAUUUCCAUAUAUUUUUUACAAUGCUAAGUGUAAAAUACCUCCCAAGAAAGAAUAAUCUGUAUUCUGAAGUCUGAUUUAACUUAGACUAUGGUCUAACUCUGUGCCUAAAAUUAUGGGAAGCUGAAAAUGUCAAGUUUGUUUACAUAUUUUGUGUCUCAUGUUUACUUUGCUCUUUGGUCAAGAAAACAAUUUUAGGUAUUAUUUCCUGAUUACUAAGAAUGAUUUGAAUGUCAAACAAGGUGAUGAAUUGAACUUGUAAUGUGAGAGAUAUAUUUCACAGUUGGCUAUUCAUAGUUAAACCAUUACUUUAAACCAGAGUUUGAAUUAAACCCGAGUUCAAAAUACAGGCCUUUAUGAUUAAGAUCGAGUGAACAACCAAUAUGAAGAACCUUUCAUGUAAUGUUUAUCAAUUUAUUAAUCUUCUUUAUAAUGAUGAUUGAGUUAUCUUGUUUGUGUACACAUUUAUGAUAUACGAUGAUAGCUGUAUCUGACAAAUAUUGAAUUGUGAAGAUUGUGAACUUUCUUGAUUUAUAUGAGUGUAUACCGAUAAUCAAAAUGAUGUGUUUCUCUUUAAUACAUACUUUUUUUUCCAAUGCAUGCUGACAGUACUUAAGAUUGUAAUAUGGUACAUGUGUCCAAUAUAUGUGCAUACUUUCUAAGUGAUAUGUUUGUAUUUUAUGUGGAUAGAUUGAGAAUGGCAGGUCUAAAGUCUUCUUGUAAUCUUUCAGGAUAUUUUUUAUUAAAUUUUGCACAUUGCUAAUUUUUUAUAUAAAGGUCACAAUAUAUGUUAAUUACACUCACGUAUGCUAUAUGUUACAUUUGAAAUUCAUCUAGUUUGGUGUUUAUGAAACUAACUAAAAUGUUUUAUGUUUAUCAAUCAAAGAUUUCUAUGAAAUAACCUGAAAUUGAUAUAAAUAUAUUUAUAAUUUUCAAAUUCUCCUUUAUUCCUAUCAACAUACUUUCUUUAUUCAUUCUAUAUCAUUUUCCCUUUUUUUAAACAAAUAUAUCAAUGUUACUAUGAAUCAUGUCACUGUAACUAUUUAGUUUACUGGACAUUUUUUUAUUAACAUGUUGUAUUUGCAUGGUAUUGUUUCUUUCAUUUAAGUGGUAAAUUAUUGCUUAGUGCAUUAAAUUAUAUUUUCUUGAUUAGUCAAGUAAUAAUGACGAUGGUUGGGGGUAAUGAUGGUGUUAUUGAUAAUGAUCACAAUAUAAAAUAAGUAAUCAUAAUCAUAAUGAUGAUAAAAACAUAUAAAGAUAAUAAUGAUAAGGGUAUAUGACAUUGAAAAAAAGCAAAUUCACAAUACCAUUAACUCUGAAGAAUUGAAGUUAUAAAAAAAUUAGUACAGUAUCAGUUAAUAAUUUCCUACAUAUUUCUAGUAAUUAUGAGUAGUUUAAUCACUACAUUUCUUGCUACAUUUGUUCUUACUAUGUCUUGUGAGAAAUUUCUAUUUUCGUAAUGAAUCCCACCUUGCAAUAUUAUACCUCAAAAUAAUUUUUCCUAAUCUUCCAUUUAUUAUCAUAUGGCUGAUAUUUCUAUUCUUGAACAUUGCUAUUUAUGUUCCGUUUUGGUUAAGUGAGGGAAACAACGUGAUUUUCAUAUUGAUUUCCAUGACACUUGUAUUUUUAUUGAAAUCUUGAAUAUUGGUAGGAACAUCCAAUGUCUAUCAGGAUUACUGCAUUUUUAAAAGGGUCUGUUGUAUCUUCAGCAAUAAAAAUGAUGUAUUUUAUAUAAAGAUGUAGGUUUAUUUAGAAAUUAUUUUUUUAUAAUACAAGUAUUUUAUACUACAGAUGAGGGGGUGGUCAAAUAUUCAUUUUCAGAAAGCGAGGGAGGAUAAAUCCUUUUUCAUGUUUAUAUGAGAAAUAUGUAUGCACAGUUGAUUACUAUAACCUAUAAAUUAGAUCUGAAUGAUUAAAUACCUCAUUUAGGGUGCCUUUCAGAAGGCAAAUUCCAUAUAUGUUUUACAGUGCUAUAACCUAUAAAUUAGAUCUGAAUGAUUAAAUAUAUCUUUUUGUAAGUAUAUGUGGAGAACUGCCAUUUAUCCCCCCCCCCCCCCCCCUGUAAGACCUGCGCUGAAUCUAUGUUUCUCUAUUUCUCUUUUAUCAACUUAUCAAAUGUAAUGGAAAUGAAUGUAUGCGAAGAAAUUUGAUCAUCCAAGUAUAGAUUAGGUUUCUUUAAGCUAAUAUAAUUGAAAUGAAAAUGAUUAAGAUUUGGGACAAUGGUUUGAGAUCCAUCUCGGC